CAGCAAUUCUGCUUGUACCAUGGCUGAGCCAAAGUCAGUGUGUGUUUCGGUGGAUGAAGUGGUCUCAAAUGGCACAGAUAACCAAGAUGUUCGACUGAUGAAUGGACAUUUAAAAAAAGUGGACAAUACUCUGACAGAAGCUCAUCGUUUCUCCUACCUACCCCGCAGACCAGCUGUGAAUAUUGAGUUUAAAGAACUGUCAUACUCUAUCCAAGAAGGGCCGUGGUGGAGGAAGAAAGGUUAUAAGACCCUUUUGAAAGGAAUUUCAGGGAAGUUCAGCAGUGGAGAACUUGUUGCAAUUAUGGGUCCUUCAGGAGCUGGGAAGUCAACGCUCAUGAACAUUCUGGCAGGAUACAGAGAGACGGGAAUGAAAGGAGAAAUCCUCAUCAAUGGACAGCCUCGUGACCUGCGCUCUUUUCGCAAAGUCUCCUGCUACAUCAUGCAAGAUGACAUGCUCCUUCCUCAUCUGACUGUCCAAGAAGCUAUGAUGGUAUCUGCUCAUCUGAAACUUCAAGAGAAAGAUGAAGGCAGGAGAGAAAUGGUAAAGGAAAUACUGACAGCCCUCGGUUUGCUGACAUGUGCUAAUACGAGGACUGGGAGUCUUUCUGGAGGCCAGAGAAAGCGUCUUGCUAUUGCUUUGGAGCUGGUGAACAAUCCUCCUGUCAUGUUUUUUGAUGAACCAACCAGUGGCUUGGAUAGUGCAUCAUGUUUUCAGGUUGUUUCUCUGAUGAAGGCUUUAGCCCAGGGUGGCAGGUCGAUCAUCUGCACGAUUCACCAGCCCAGUGCUAAACUGUUCGAGUUGUUUGAUCAGCUCUAUGUUUUAAGUCAAGGACAAUGCAUUUACCGUGGGAAGGUAUUAAACCUAGUCCCUUACUUGAGAGAUCUGGGUUUGAAUUGCCCAACCUACCACAAUCCAGCAGAUUUUGUUAUGGAAGUAGCAUCUGGUGAAUAUGGAGACCAGAACAGCCGGCUAGUAAGGGCGGUACGGGAGAGGAUAUGUGACACAGACUACAAGAGGGAUGUUGGUGGUGAGAAUGAGUUGAAUCCCUUCCUCUGGCACCGGCCUUCUGAAGAGGUAUUUCAUAUAUCACAACUAAUGGGCAUGGAUUCCUCCUCCACAGAAGGCUGCCACAGCUUCUCUGCCAGCUGCCUAACCCAGUUCUGUAUCCUCUUCAAAAGAACUUUUCUCACCAUCAUGAGGGAUUCGGUUCUGACACACUUGCGUAUCACCUCACACAUUGGCAUUGGACUGCUCAUCGGCUUGCUCUACUUAGGCAUUGGCAAUGAAGCUAAGAAAGUCCUCAGCAACUCUGGCUUCCUCUUUUUUUCCAUGUUGUUUCUUAUGUUUGCUGCGCUCAUGCCAACUGUCCUUACAUUUCCUCUUGAGAUGGGAGUAUUUCUCAGAGAGCAUCUGAACUACUGGUACAGCCUGAAAGCCUACUAUCUCGCCAAAACCAUGGCUGAUGUUCCUUUUCAGAUUAUGUUUCCUGUGGCUUACUGCAGCAUUGUGUACUGGAUGACUUCACAGCCAUCUGAUGCACUCCGAUUUGUCCUCUUCGCAGCCUUGGGAACCAUGACAUCCCUGGUGGCUCAGUCACUGGGUCUUCUCAUAGGUGCAGCCUCUACAUCCCUUCAGGUGGCCACUUUUGUGGGCCCAGUUACUGCCAUCCCCGUGCUACUGUUCUCUGGGUUUUUUGUCAGCUUUGAUACCAUCCCAACAUACCUCCAGUGGAUGUCCUACAUUUCCUAUGUCAGAUAUGGGUUCGAAGGAGUUAUUCUCUCCAUCUAUGGACUGGAUCGAGAAGAUUUGCAUUGUGACAAAGAUGACACUUGCCAUUUUCAAAAAUCAGAGGCCAUUCUGAGAGAACUGGAUGUAGAAAAUGCCAAACUUUACCUGGACUUCAUCGUUCUUGGAAUUUUCUUCUUCUCUCUGCGCCUAAUUGCCUAUUUUGUUCUCAGAUACAAAAUCCGAGCAGAGAGGUAAAGGAAAAAUGGCUAAAAUGAUGCAGUAGGAAGAUCUUUAGACAUGCAGUAGAGGGCACUUGACAUUGUCUCACUGUGGCAGGCCAGUCUUCAGUGCCCAGGUAGAUGCUGUUAGGACCUAGCCCAUAGAGAACCACAAUGGGAUAGUGGACAUAUAGUGUUAAGCCAAUCAGUCCAGUUGGGUUGGGUCAUGUUUUCAUUACACUUUCUAGCUUUAACUAGGAAGAAGAAAUAGAAGGGAAUUUUACACCACAGAGUAUCAAUACCAAGGCAGUGUAACUGUAACAAAAAACGUGGCUGUAGGAACUUUCAUUACAAAAACCAAUUUUGUGAUAAGGUCACUAGGAUACUAGUCCUGGUAGCCAGAAUAGUAUAAUGUCACCUAUAGUUGGCAAGGUAAUGAGAUGGGGAAAAUGGGAAAUGCAAAGAAAAUAGGAUUCUCUCAUCUUUUUAAAUUCAGAGUUUCAUCUUUGCAGUUUUCUAUGUAUUAUUUUGCAGUUCUUUUCCACAGAAUUACCCCUUCUGGCCAAAAGUCUGUAAAUGUAUUAAUUAAUAAGGUAAAGAUAUCUUUUUAAUAUGGAUACUUUUUUAAAACAAA